AAAGUGCUGGUUUGAUUAGACCAAGACGCCAGAAACCAAGACAACAGUUAUUAAAUCACAAUGACAAUGAACAAGCGAGCGAAGAGGACAAUUCAGUGCUGCUGAAGUUGAUGGAGCAGGAAGAGAAGCGUAAAAAGAAGGAGAAGCUUCUGAAUAAAGAUGAUCCGCAUCUCGUCUUUGAAAUUACCAGUGAUGACGGGUUUUACACAAAAGCUGAUACCAUUACAGCGGCCUGGAGUCAAGUUCUUGACAAGGUGCAAGAAGCUAGAAACAGUCAGGGCAUGAAGUAUUUAUCAUUUGCUGGUAUUGAUGGCAUAAAGAUGAUAGGUGUUACCCAUGAUGCAUUGGUAUAUUUAAUUGAACAGCUCCGUGGUGCCAAAAACUGUCAAAACUAUAGGUUCAAAUACCAUAGACACAACAUACAACACGAUGAGGAACCUGUGGUCAAUCCCAGUGGUUGUGCCAGAGCGGAGGUCAUUGCCAGGAGGUCGAAAUUUGACAUGUUUAAUUUCUUAGCGUCCAAACACCGUAGUUUGGUUGUACGGACUGACAACAUGGAUGACGAGGAAGAAAUACAGCAUAAAUCGGCGAGACGAGCUACGAGUAUGGAUUUACCAAUGGCUAUGAGAUUUCGUCAUUUACAAAAAACAUCAAAGGAAGCGGUGGGCGUCUAUCGAUCUGGUAUACAUGGCCGUGGUUUAUUUUGCAAACGCCCAAUAGAUGCGGCCGAGAUGGUGAUUGAGUACGCUGGUAUGGUAAUACGAUCGUCGCUGACGGACAAGAGAGAGAAAUACUAUGAUAGCAAGGGCAUCGGGUGUUACAUGUUUCGUAUUGAUGAUUACGAUGUUGUGGACGCUACGAUGCAUGGCAACGCUGCAAGGUUUAUCAACCACUCUUGUGAGCCAAAUUGUUUUUCGCGUGUUAUCCAAGUUGACGGCAAAAAGCAUAUUGUUAUAUUCGCCAGCCGGAAGAUAAUGCCCGGUGAAGAGCUGACGUACGAUUACAAAUUCCCAUUUGAAGAAGAAAAGAUACCAUGCACGUGUGGUUCUAAGAAAUGCCGAAAACACUUGAACUGAUGCGAGGGCAACAGCACUGGAGGUUAAUGACAUAUAACCGCCACUCUUUGUCUGCGAGUUGUCGUUACCAGUAUCUACUUCAAGAGAAUGUAAGGUGGUACCUAUGGAGCUAGUCGGCUGCAGCGUGACAUUGGUGGAUUGUUUUAAGGAGACACCGUCACUUUAUCGACUGAUG